AUGAGGCCACUCCUGGUGUUUCUGCUUCCGGCUGUGCUGUGCACUGACCUGGGGGACCAGGAAGAGGGGGCGCUCAGUCUAGCCCCAGGCCCGGGCCCCCAGGCUGCCCACCCCAGUGGCCGCCCGAGCCCCCAGCCCAGACUGACCACGGGUCUGCUUCCUUUCCUCCCAGCCCAGGCCCUGCAGUGCUGCGGCCUCGAGCCCUGCGAGCCUCUGGUGGAGUGCCCCGCCCAACAAGUACUGUGUGAUUAUGCGCCCUGGUGCCCCCCAGUCAUUAAAUCAACAGACACUCAGAGGUCACGUGGACACAGACACCACGGUGACACAGCAGACCUGGGGGCCGUAGCCCGCAAACCGACAAGCAAAGGGCUGUACCCACACCCAGAGAGGGCUGCAACAAUAUGCAAACUCCUGGACCAGGACUGGUGCCAGAGCCGGGUCCCUGAGGCCACCAAGCUGAGCAGAAAGCGUUGGAGCUGGGCUGUUCCAGACUCCAAGCUCAACAGCCGCCUGAAGCCUGGAGGAGCAGACGCCCGGCCCCGUGAGGACAGAGUGCCACUAGCUCCCAGGCCACGUGGCUGCUGCAGACGCCCCCCUGCUGGCUCCCAUCGCCCUGUGCCUGGGAACCGUGUCUGCAAAAUGCAGGGUCUGCAGAGAGGCUGUCCACGUCUGAAAUCAGGGUCUCACUGCAGACUGAAGACUUCCCCGACACAUAGUCCCAAUUCCAGAGUUUCAUCAGCUGUUUCCAAAAAACCUUUUUGUUAAA